UGGAUUUUGUUAUUUUACAGGUUAGAACUUUGUAGUCACUUCUUGGAUCUUCUAAACUGCCCCACCACUGAGAAGGGUCUACCUGCUGCGGCUUGGACGUCCAAUGGAAAAGUCUCUUAACGCGCUAGAGGGUAGUGCCACCGGGGAGUCCAGCCUUGGUCUUCUACCCGCUGAAACCACGUCUCGUCCCACCUGGGGGAGUAAAGUACAGUACAUUCUCGCGCAGGUUGGAUUUUCGGUGGGUCUCGGCAACGUAUGGAGGUUUCCGUAUUUGUGCCAUCAGAACGGAGGAGGGGCAUUCCUGUUGCUGUACUUCUUCCUGCUCCUAAUCAUUGGUAUCCCGCUCUUCUUCUUGGAGCUGGCAGCUGGUCAGAGUAUACGGCAGGGUAGUAUCGGAGUCUGGAAGCACAUAAGUCCCCGUUUGGCUGGUAUUGGCUUUGCGAGCUGUAUGGUCUGUGCCUUUGUAGCUCUGUAUUACAACGUGAUCAUUGGAUGGAGUCUCUUCUACCUGUUUAGCUCCUUCCGGUAUCCUCUGCCGUGGGAGAACUGCCCAACGCUGACGAAUCAGACACUGGAAGAACCGGAAUGUGCCAAGAGUUCACCCACCACAUACUUCUGGUACCGAACCGCGCUCAACAUAACAGAUUCCAUCGAAGGCUCGGAGAUGAAUUGGCCCAUGACCGGAUGCCUCGUCCUGGCCUGGGUCUUGGUUGGAGGCGGCAUGAUCAAAGGGAUCAAAUCCUCCGGGAAAGUGAUGUACUUUAGCUCAGUAUUUCCAUACGUGGUCCUGUUCUGCUUCCUGAUCCGUGGCCUCAUGCUGGAAGGCGCUGCCGACGGAAUCAAAAUCAUGUUCAUGCCAAAGGUGGAGAUCUGGGGAGACAUACAGGUUUGGCGUCAAGCGGCUACUCAAGUGUUUUUUGCCCUCGGUCUGGGGUUUGGAAGUAUCAUUGCAUACUCCAGCUACAACGACCGCUACAACAACUGCCACUUUGAUGCCAUCCUUGUGUCCUUUAUCAACUUCAUGACCUCCAUCCUGGCCACGCUGGUCGUAUUUGCGGUGCUGGGAUUCCGAGCCAACGUCAUUGCGCAGAAAUGUGUUGAGGAGAACCUCGGAAAGAUCCUUUACUUGUUUGACAAUGGUACCUUUCCAGGAAUCUUCGUGCCGGUCAAGAACAUGACGAGCGUUGAGUACAGCCAGUGGUAUCACGAGGCCAACGGCCAGCUCUCGCUCGAGAACUACGGGAUUUCAGACUGCAGAGUAGAAGAUGAAAUGAACAAGGGUGUGGAAGGCACCGGGUUGGCUUUCAUCGUCUUCACUGAAGCCAUGACGCUCUUGCCUGCCUCCCCAUUUUGGUCUAUCCUGUUUUUCCUGAUGCUCCUGAAUUUAGGACUUAGCACUAUGUUCGGAAACAUGCAGGGAAUCAUCACCCCGCUUCUCGAUAAUUUCCCACAAUUACGGAAACGAAAAGCCAGAUUUACAGUACUGUGCUGCGUAGUUGGUCUUUUGACCGGGCUGAUCUUCGUUCAGAGGGCCGGAGGCUAUUUCGUUAGCAUGUUUGAUGACUAUUCAGCCACGUUGCCCCUGAUCAUCGUGGUCAUCUUUGAAAACUUUGCCGUGGCCUGGGUGUAUGGAGCUGACAGGUUCAUUGAUGAUAUUAAAGGGAUGUUGGGUUUUCGUCCUUGGAGAAUAUACAAAUAUAUGUGGCAGUAUGUCAGUAUUCUGGCCAUGGGAGGACUUCUGCUUGCAAGCUUAAUCAGGAUGUGCAUCACGCAUCCCACCUACCAGUCUUGGAACCAAGAGAAGGCAGAAGAGGUAAACUUGAAGUAUCCACAAUGGGCAUUAGGGAUCCUGAUCAGUCUGAUUGUCGUGGCGUCAUUUCCCAUCCCAUACGUGUUCUUCAAGGAAACCAUUCAAGACUGGCUAAAGAGACGAAAGGCCAAGACGUACGGACAGUGCGAAUACAGAGUAGGGAGCACGGCAGACGUAAUUGUUGGACCUGCUGAUGAGACCCCAAUGGGCUCCAAUCAUGUUGGAAAUGGUUACCUACCGGUAGAAAUGGAGGAUUUAGCUGAACGCGGCAAACUUCUGAACACAGCAGAGGAGGAAGCUGAGGAGGACAGUAAUGAUGCAACUGGCUGAAUCAUAAAGAAUAGGGUUCUCAGGGGCAAAGUCUACAGGAAAACAAAAGGAUCUUGUGGUUACAGAUAAGCACUUUCAGGCCAUCUCCAAGCUGGGUAAACGGUGCCAAGCGCAUGAAGGCUAUCCUGGAUUUUUUAUCAAAUUCCUAAAAUCAGUGGGAAGGAAGCAUUACUUUUUAUUGCCAAAAUACUGUGCCCUGAUAGAAAGUCUAGUGUGCCAACGCUGGGACAAUGGAGAUGUCCCUUCUUGAACUCGGUGCUGCUUCCACCAUUGUUGGAGCUCCUACCUCUCCUGCUGACUGAGUUUCCACAAAAGUCUUCUUCUGCACUUUAAUAACGGGGAAUCAAAAAACGGUAUUAAGUAUAAAAAAUAACUAAAAAAGGGUGUUUAAUUUGUUUUUUUUAGGAUGGCCUAAAGAACUGAAGCUUGCUUUUAGAAAUGUUGACGGUAAACUUGAAUUGCCAAACCAAGAAUCAUUUCAAAAAAGAUCAAAGAAACAUGGAGAAUCGGGUGGUGGUAACACCAAACCCUCGGCCCUUCUAAUAGCUAGCCGUGCCUGGUGAUAAGCUACUGGAUCUAGCGAGAUGGGGUAGAGUUGGCGUCGUUUUGCCCAAACUUUCAUCUCUUCGCCUAGUUACUGACUAAAAAUAUCGUAACGUCUCUUUCUAUUGGUCAGUGUUUUUGGGGAAUGGAACACGAGGACGCAAAGAAGUCCUCUUGAUGGACAAACUUUCUUACCGACUUCAACUUUUUGACCUUAAGAAGCACAUUUAUGUCCGUACUGAACGUUGUGUUGUCCAGACCUGCUGCUCCUAUGGGUGUAAAUAUUUGUAAAUAUCCUUUUUCGCGGAAUCUUCUAGAGAAAGUAUCACUUGAAGGGUCUAAAAUGCUUGAUUUUAAUGAAUAAUUGUUUUUAAAAACUCAAACCAGUAAUUAACCUCGGCACCUUGAGUAGUUUGUUGGUUGUCUAGUAUAAACUCUCCAAACCCUCCUGAUUUGAUGCGGUCAUGAUCUGAAUUACUCACUUUAAUGGAAGAUCCAUCCAUGGUCUUCAGAAGAAUGAGGAGAAGGAUGAGUGAGUGAAUAAUUAUGUAGAAUUCCAAAUACAACGCACCCGAAGACAUAAAAUAAUCCUUAAAGAAAAAGGUUAGUAUCCAAAAAA